AUGACGACACCCAGCCCCUCCCUCCACCACAACCUCUUCACCCUCCGCACCGACACGGGCUCGACCUCGUCGCUGUCGUCCACAUCCACCAGGCAUCCGCUCUACCCGCUGGGCGCUGCGUCCCUGCCUCCGCCUCACCACGGUCACCACACUCACGGCGCUGCCGCUGCCGCUGCGAGCGCCGAAGCGCUGGCAACCCCGGCGACCCCGGCGACCCCGCGCCGGGCGACAUGGAGCGUCAAGCUGCGUAACCGCCUGCGGACGAUCCUGCUCGCGACGGAUCCCAAGCUCGACGCCGCAGCGCUGGCGGGGGACACUGUCCUCAUCCCCAUCCCCGUCGCUGUGGACCCCACAGACCGCCUGGGACGGGGGCUGGGGCUGGGGCUGGGGCUGGGAAUGGGACUGCGUGCCGGCCUCGACUCUCGGUAUGCGCUCGGCGCCGCGGGGCUCGAGGGGCUGGAACUGGAUCCGCGCGACCGGGCGACGAGCGUUGCGCAUAGCAUGCGUGGAUGGGCUGGGAUGGAGGAGGACGAGGAAGAGGACGAGGAUGAAGAGGAUGAGGUUGAGGGUGGCCGGGAUCCACCAGACGAGCUGGACUGGGACUGGCACGCGCUCUCGUUUGGCCUGGACAACGACGGCAACUCGAUCCACGACGACUGGGACCUCGCAUCGCUCGCGUCGCUCCCAGACGACUUGGACGUGUACGCUCCCACCACCACCACCACCGCGACCUCCUCUCCUCUCAAGAUGCACCGGCGGCAGCGGCACGCGGCCCGUGCCCAGCGCCGACCGCAGAGGCGGCGACUGCAGCCUAUGGGCGGUACUGAGGGAGGGCAUGGCCCCGACCCCGCACGCCCAGCGUCCUUGGCGCGCGAGGAUACAUUCCGCGGCGGCGGCGCGGGCGAGGCGAGUGCGAGUGCGAGUGUGAGCGGGGGUUCGAGCGCGGAGAAGGAGAGGGCGGGGGCGAGGGACAGCGGUGUCAAGUACCAAGAGUGA